GGGACAGAAUUGAAAAUAACGGGAAUCUCUAAAAUCAACCAGUUCCUCACUCUCCUCCUGAAUGAACUACUAGAAUCGGAGUAGAAAACAGCAGAUUCUGUAUUUUGUACGGAAAAUAAAUGCAAGAGAAGAACGCCCCAUUUACUUAUGAAAUCAUCCAAACCCUACAACAAAACAUGGUGAAGGUUUGACUUUCGCCACACAGUUUUUUUAACAGGAAAUAAGGAGAGAAGAAAAUGGCUCAACCAACAGUUGUUUUGGCGACUGCAAGCUAUGAUCACACCAUUAGAUUCUGGGAAGCCGAAAAUGGACGCUGCUUUCGGACAAUCCAGUACCCUGAAUCUCAAGUAAACCGUCUUGAGCUCACCCCCGAUAAACGCUACAUAGCUGCAGCUGGAAAUCCUCAUAUUCGACUCUUUGAUAUCAAUUCGAACAGCCCUCAACCUGUGAUGAGCUACGACUCGCACACUAAUAAUGUAAUGGCUGUUGGAUUUCAAUGUGAUGGGAAAUGGAUGUAUUCGGGCUCUGAAGAUGGCACUGUAAAAAUUUGGGACUUGAGAGCACCAGGUUGCCAGAGGGAAUAUGAAAGCCGCGCAGCAGUAAAUACUGUUAUUUUGCACCCAAAUCAGACUGAAUUGAUAUCUGGGGACCAAAACGGUAAUAUCCGUGUCUGGGAUUUAACAGCAAAUUCUUGCAGUUGUGAGUUGGUACCAGAAGUGGAUACAGCUGUACGAUCCUUGACUGUAAUGUGGGAUGGAAGCUUAGUAGUUGCAGCAAAUAAUCGCGGAACAUGCUAUGUGUGGCGUUUGUUACGUGGGACCCAGACUAUGACAAACUUCGAGCCGCUUCAUAAACUACAGGCGCAUGAUGGAUAUAUCCUUAAAUGCGCACUUUCCCCAGAGAUGUGUGAACCUAACCGGUACUUGGCCACUGCAUCUUCGGACAAUACUGUCAAGAUAUGGAAUGUGGAUGGUUUUACUCUGGAAAAUACACUAGUUGGACAUCAACGCUGGGUUUGGGACUGUCUUUUCUCUACUGAUGGUCUUUUUGUAGUCACGGCUUCUUCGGACACAACUGCAAGGUUAUGGUCGUUGGCUGAUGGUGAGGAAGUUAAAGUCUACAAAGGGCAUCAAAAGGCGAUUGUGUGCUGUGCUCUUAACGAUGGGAAUGGUCUGUCAAGCUGAACUUGAAAUGACCAUUGUAUCCCUUUCUUUGUGUUUACUCUGCUCCAAGGCAAAGGCAAAGGCAACGGGCAAGAACGGUAUCCGGUACAAUCUUGUAUAGUACAAUGUACGAUGAAGGAUUUAAUGCUUUUGUUGCUUAGUUGGGAACUUCGCUAAUUUAACAGUGGGGGUGUACUAGUUUCAUGUACAUUGAGUUUGUUCUUCGUAUUUGUUUUCGUAAGGCAAUGGGGAAAAACGGAAUUCUACUUGGAAGACAUUUACCAAAGCAAGGUAAACUGAUCGUCGUAGAUCUAUACACAUUCCUUAAAUUGAUUUAUUGACUUGC